AUGCCCACGAGAGCGACCCUUGUCGGCAGCUGGCGUCUACCCGAGGCGCUGCUGGGCGUCCUCGAUCCGCGCUCGCAGUUGUUGAUUUUGUUGCCGGAUGUUGGAGAGGCGGACGGCGAGGUCCAGCAUGCGCUCGUUGAGCUUGCGGGUGGCCUUGUUGAGAGCCUUGACUUGUUUCUCUGCCUCCUUGACGGCAGAGCGGAGCUCUCGGUCGCCCAUGUGUGCGUCGAGGGGGGCGUAGAAAACGACAAGGGGAUGUGCUGUUUGCAAGGGUGGUUGGGGUCCGGUAAUGAUGAAGGUCGUUGUUGA